UGCUGCUGAGAAGUCUGCAAAGGAAUUUCCGAUGGCACUUAUCUGCUGACGGGCUUUCUUCAAAGGAAAGCGUUGUCGCAUGCACGAUGGCAUCAUGGCCGGCACCAUGGCCGGCAACACCACGAGCUGUCCCGGCAUCGCGAACAGCAUCCGGGGGAUCGCAGACAGGGCAGCCCGUGGUGUUCGCGCCGACCGCUGGAAUGGUGAGACAGCAAGCAACCGCGAUGCCCAUGGCCGAAACGCCGGUGGCUGAUGCGCAGCGCGGGACCUACGUUCCAAUGUGGACGCCGAGCUUGGCACCACCGGCCCUGCCCGCGAUCCGAGGCUGCCCCGCGGGUCUGGAAUACCUGACCAAGAUCGACCACCUACUUGUCCACCAGGUUCUACAGCCCAUGGAAGUAAUCUUCGGAGUCGACCUGCCUAACAAGUACAUCGUGAAGAACACCAUGGGACAGUUCGUGGUCAAGGCGACAGAGAGGUGCGUGUCUUCGGCCAGCAGGUUCGGCUCCCAGCGGCCCUUCACGAUGGGGCUAUUCGACUACCGCAACGACAAAGUGUUGCUGCUUGACCGACCACUUCGCUGUGACUGCCGCCUCUGUUGCUGUUGCCUCCAG